AUGAUCACAGCACUGCCAGUGCCUUCGGUAAAGGUCUUCCACAAAACUUAUUACCAAGAGAAAGGAGCCAGGAUAGCGAGCAGUCAACCUGGAAGUCCCUUAGCUGAAAGUGAAGCGGUGCUGGCAUUAGUUGAUAAGGAACCACCGGAAUAUUAUUUCUGUGGCAAGGUCAAUUCGUUACACGUGGUAGUUGGGUCAUUGCUGCUGGGCGCCGUGGUGCUGGUGGUAGGCUUAGUGCAGCUUGCUCCUGGAGCUGAAGCUGCACAAAACUCGACCGCCCUUAUCGCUGUCGGAUGCAGUUUACUAGUGGUUGGUGUGCUCCUUGCGCCACUCAGAGCUUUAUGCAUAAAGAAACAAAAGGCUGCCCAGAAGGAUGGAACACAUCAAAGAAGUGUCACUAGCAUAGACAUGCUUCUGGCUCAACACAGAGACUUCACAGUUUUGACGCCCGACGAACUGGAGGACCUUGUUGGCCGACCAACUUCCAACCUAGAGAAUAAAAUCCGCAAGCAGUGUCACAAUACCUAGGUAUUGUCGGCCUCGAAGAAGGCCCAUCCAUCAUCACCACCGUGCUCGAACACGCCAUCAUCAUCGACGUCGCCAGGAACUAAUUCAUCCAUUCUCUACACGCAUCGUUACGACUCUCGUGAACACAGUCUGGUUUAAAAUCUGGCGCACCGUCAGCUUCCACUUUAGAGAAUCAGUUCCGAAUAUUGUGCACGCAGCAGAUGCUGUUUCUUUCUACGAAGUUUGCACGCUGCCGUUAGUUUUGUGCAAGCGUAUCCCUAAAGCGAUCGAGUGAAAUCGUCACGGGGUGUAAAGAACAAUGGAGUUGUAUUUUUACUUGGUGAACACCCAAGAUCGAAUUGCCUGCUAGCAGUGCGCGGACUUCUCUCGAUUUAUUGACUAUUCUUUCGUGGGGUUAGGUGUUGUGAAAAGGUCGUAUUGUUCGAAAUGAUAUUAUGUCAACGUGACUCGAAGAAUUUUCGACCAGAGAAACUUGUUGACCAAACGUUGAAAUUUCGACCGUAAAAUUCUAUGGUAAUGGGUGAUCGGAAUAAUUGUUCUUUUUUUUGAGUAGUCUUAAAUUAACUUAAUUGUGAACACGUUUGUAACGAAUUUCGAGUUAAAGUGAAAUUUUGGUCGUUUAUCGUCGUUCAAUUCCCCAUUUUAGGAUGUUUUAUUAAAUUUGCAGAGGUAUUUCUUUUCCAAAUUAAUUUAUAUUCUAAAAAUCUAGUCUGAGUUCUUCUAUGAGCAAACUUGGUAAAUAAACGUCCUUCUGUCAUUAUUAUAAUUUAACUCGAAAAUCGUUGACUGCACUUGCAGAUUUUAUCCUUACGCUAUUUAUCGUUACAACACUAGGAAAUCGACAGAUUGUUGAAAAGAAAAAUCUUUUACUUGAAUAACUUAUCACUGAAAAAUUCUAAGAAUUUUUGUUUAAAAGGAUAGAAAUCAAAGUAAAUCGAUAUUGUCCAAAAUACCUUAACAAUUGAAAGUUUUCGCUUAUCAUUUAUAAGAAAGCAAAAAGAGAGAAGCAAUUUCUUUUUAGAAGACUUUAUUGUGUUCAAAUCGCCAAGAUAUAAGUCUGACUUAAGUAUGUUAACAGAUCGGUAUUGAUGUGAUGGGAAGUAGCAUAAAAUCUUCUGCAUGAAGUUUAGAUUAAUCGUUCUCGAAUAUUCGAACGAUUCUUCAGCAGCGGAGGAGGAAAGAAAGGAAAUUUAUACCUCGUCAGUGAAUAAUGUUUGAAACGCGAUUUGGAAAUAAUCAAACGGAUAACGUAGUUUGGAGCGGCCUUGUUAGAGUCAACAAACACCCAACGGACACUUGCAUAAUAUUUUUAGUCAGGCCUUGGUGCCCCUUCACUUGCCAGUAAUACACUUAAGUAAAUACUUUCAUACUGAAUAUGUAUCAUGGCAUAAUGCACUGCACAUAUCUUCGAGGAUUAAAUCUUAGCUGUAAACAAUUUCGAUACACGAAAAUCGAUACUUGAGAAAACUUCUCUACAGGGAUAGAACGUUUAAAGGCGAGAAGGAUAUGUAAAUGAAUUAGAAAUUGUUUCAGAGAACUAUCUUCAAUAAUGACAACGUUAACAUCUAUUAUUAUGGAUUGUUAGUAAUCAUGUUUCCUCACAAUCAUUUUUACUUGUCACUUUGUCAUGAAUGUACCAUAAAGAUAUAUGCGAAACACUUGUUUUUAAGCAUCUGAAACAUAUAUCGAAACAUAUUGAAAAAAGGAUAUAUACUGAAGAGAAUUAGAGUUUGAUGGAUAUUUAGA